CCUGCUGCAUGGGCGUUUCGACCAAUCAAAUGGAAGUAAACAGCUCCAAAAGUGAACGUUAUGAUACCCCCGCGAGCCCUCCCCUACCUUUGCCCCUGCACACACCGUGCUCCUGGAAGUUGUCAUGGAGAUAGACCCGUCCCAGGCGUCUGCUCUCGGGAUUGUUGCCAUGGAGAUCCCUGCUCGAGGUGAGCUCUCGGCAGUGCAGGAGGACGAGAGCAGCACGCAACUAAGGUUCGAGAAGCGAAUUCAGGACCUUGGAGAGCAGCGGCGCCAAGGACCCCCUUUCAACCAAGGGAACUACUACAUGCUUAUAGUGAUAGGAGAGAUAGCGACAGACCACCAGCUGCAACGCGCUAGAGACCAAGUUGAGCGGGGGAUUCGCUCCUGGGACAUCAGCCUCAAGUCAUGUGACCUGGACCAGCAGCUGCAGCUAUUUGUGACGCGCCACUCCGCCCAGUUCUCUGCAGAGGUCAGAGGGCAAAGGACUCUCCACCACAAGAGUGAUGUCCUAGAGACAGUCGUGUUGGUCAACCCAUCAGAGGAUACAGUUGCUUCAGAGAUCCAGUCUCUAGUCACAGACUCAGCAGGACACAAACUCCUGGUUCUGAGUGGGCAGAACUCAGACCACGGUGACCUGCUUCUCCAAAGUGGGGUUUUCACCUAUAAGAGCUUCUCACAAGUCUUUGCUGAUCCUGGGGUCAGUGAUUUGCUGGGCGAAGCAGCCCCCAAGCAGCGGGCCACACUCACUGUGUCCUGCCGAUCGGAGGUGGGUUGGAGCUCCCUGGGUCAGCAACAGCACUUACGGGAGUUCCUUGAGUACAGACUGAACACUGAGCCUGUGCUCCCCAAGAUGGAGGGAGUCACAGAGUUCACGGAGUACAUCUCCGAGACGGUGGAUGUGCCUUCUCCCUUUGACCUCCUGGAGCCGCCCACAUCUGGAGGCUUCCUGAAACUGUCCAGGCCCUGUUGUUACAUCUUCCCUGGGGGGAGGGGCGACUCGGCCCUGUUUGCGGUCAAUGGCUUCAACAUCCUAGUGGAUGGAGGCUCUGAACGUAAAUCAUGCUUCUGGAAGCUGGUCAGACACUUGGACCGCAUCGACUCAAUUCUACUCACUCACAUUGGUGCAGACAAUCUGCCAGGCAUCAACGGGCUCCUUCAGAGGAAAAUAGCAGAGCAGGAAGAGGAGCAGUCACAAGGCUCAACCACCUACAGUGAUUGGAUGAAGAACCUGAUCUCUCCAGAGCUUGGUGUGAUCUUCUUCAAUGUACCCGAGAAGCUACGUAUGCCAGAAUCAAACCUAAAGGUCAAGCGCAGCAUCGAGGAGGCCUCCCUCACGUUGCAGUACCUCAACAAACUGGGAAUCAAGCCGGAGCCUCUCUGUAGACUGGUCAGCAACACUAUUGAGCCUUUCACUCUUUUCCAUAAGAUGGGGGUGGGCAAGUUAGACAUGUAUGUUCUGAACCCCGUCAAGGACAGUAAGGAGAUGCAGUUUCUCAUGCAGAAGUGGGCUGGUAACAGCAAGGCCAAAACAGGCAUUGUGCUCCCCAAUGGAAAAGAGGGAGAAAUAUCCGUACCUUACCUGACGUCAGUUACAGCAUUAGUCGUGUGGCUUCCUGCCAAUCCUGCCGAAAAGAUUGUCAGAGUGCUGUUCCCUGGAAACGCACCACAAAACAAAGUCCUGGAGGGACUAGAGAAAUUAAAGCACCUUGACUUCUUGCGAUACCCAGUAGCCACACAAAAAGACAUAGCCUCAGGGGCUCCUCCCUCUGUUGUAAAACAGACAAAGUUAAAGCAAAGGACAGACAGCAAAGAAAGUCUGAAAUCAUCUCCCAAGACUACAAAACCCCUUCAGAAAGAAGCAGAUGAUGAGGUAUCGGCAGUCACAGAGGCAAAGAGUGACUUUGUAAAGGAGAACAAGAUAGAGAAAAAGGAGAAGAAACUGAAAGAGAAUGAAAAACCCACAAAAAUAAUAAAAUCCAAGACUGAUGCACCAGAAAAGAAAAAACUAUUGAAGGAGAAAUCCUUGAGAAAACAUUCAAAGGAAAGGGCAUCCAAGAUGGAUGAGAAAAAAGACAAGGAAAAGAAAGAGAAAGUCAAGAAAGUUGACACAGCUAAAAAAGAAGAGAAAAAAGACUCCAAAGUUGACAAGAAAAAAGAUGCGUCUAAGUCAGAGUUGAGAAAGAUAACAAAACCUGACUUAAAACCCCUCACACCAGAGGUCAGAAGGACCCUGCACAGGGCAAAAGUGUCAAGUAAACCCAAAACCGACAAAAGCAAAGGCAAAGCGGCCAAGGCAGAGCCGGCUGAACCCAAACCGGAGGAACCAGCAGCAGAGAACAUUCAACCUGAGCCACUACAGAAUGGGGGUAUUGAGGGCAUAUCUGCUUCCUCCACUCCAGAGGAUCUUACCAAGGACUUUGAGGAGUUAAAACAAGAUGAGGUAUCAUCAGAGCCACCAGAGAGUGCAGUGGAGACACCAGCAGAGGAAAGCAUGGCCGAAUCCCCUACCCAGGAGGAGGAGAAAGAACAGGAAACUGUCUCUAAAACUCCACCAGGCACAACGUCUCCUGAGAAGGGAGUAAUGGAAGUUGAAACUGAGUCUCAAAGCAAAGAGGACAAAUUAACACAAGAGCAUAAAGAAGAAUUACAAGCAGAGAAAGUGGAACUAUGUGAGGAUGAGGGAGCUGCAGUUGAAGAUGAGGAGGAGGAAGAAAAAGAAGGCCCGAUUGCAGAGAGGAAAACAUUUCAGGAAGAGGAAGAUAUGGGGAUAGGGGAGGAAGAAGAUGAUGCAAAAGAUGAUGUGAAGGAUAAUGAACUAGACAGGAAACAUGAGGUGGAGGAAAUGGAGAAAGUUGAAAAGCCCACAGAUGUGGCGGUGACAAAAGAGGAAAGCAGAAGAGCUUCAUCCCAGGAGGAGGAACAGGAAGAAGAUGGACAUGUUGUUGAAAAGGCUGAGCUGGAAGAGGUAGAAGUUCUAGACAUGAUAGCAGAUGAAGAGGUCAAAAUCAAACCUGGAGCGGGAGAGAAAGAAACGUUGGCCAAGAAUGGGGAAAGCAAAGCAGUUAAACAUACUCCUGGAGCUAAAGAGGAGGAUGAGGCAGAUGAAGAGGGCUACGUGUCAAAUGUGGGAGGCGCUACCGUCGACAUAGUGUCAACACUGCAAGGAACUGCUGCAGCCGAGCCCAUCUCCUUCAUUCAAGACGAAACCAUUCCAGGCCACUCUGAAACUGAACAGACCAUCUCUGAUGAGGAAGUUCACGAAGAGGCUGAUGACAGGAUACUAAACCUCCAAUACGAAGUGGGUGCAUAUGACAUCUCUGUCCCAGAUCAGACAGGCUCCUUUGACACCAUCCAUGGGAUGAAGGAGAUGCAAGCAUCAGCUAUGGCUGAUGUAACAGCCAAAGGUUUUAUUUGUGGACAGGAGCAAGUAUCGGUAUUCACUAACAUCAUUGCUGCUCCCUUGGCUGAGGAGGAACAUGUUUCCUCAGCCACAUCCAUCACAGAGUAUGAUAAAUUGUCCUCCUUCCCCACCUCUAUUGCAGAGGACCAAUCAGUGGCCUCUGUCGCUACACCUCAGACUGAGGAAACAGGCAAAAGCUCUCUGCUUCUUGACACUGUUAAUAGCGUUCCCCUGGCAAUUCCAACGGAGGCCACACAUGGGAAAGAACAUUUACACUCUGCUGGGACCAUCUCACCAACAUCCUCCUUAGAGGAAGACAAGUACAUGAAGUCAGUUCCAUCCGAAGAGUGCCUGUCAGUUAUCUCUGAUUUGAAGACAGAGGCUAAGGUCAACAAGACUCAUGAGGAAGAAGAUCAGGACCAAACUCCGAACAUUGACAUUUCACUUGGGGAGAGCUAUGCCUCCCCUCAAAUGCUCCAGGAUAGAGAUAGGGAUGUGGAACAGCUCCCUGCUUCUGAGGCUCCUGUCUCCAAACUUGUUCAGGAUUUGAAGCAGGAUCACCUACCAGUUGAGGAGGUACAACUCUUUAAGUCCAAAGAAGACAUCUUAACAGUGGUGCCUUCAAAACCCCUUUCACCCCCACCCUCUUUCUCAAAGCCUUUUAGGUCAGACUCAAUUACUUCGGAAGGUGAAGAGCGAUGCUGCAGUCCAGACGAUAGCACUGUGAAAAUGGCCUCCCCCACACAAUCUUCCCACCCCAGUGCAACCAGCUCUCCAACUCACUCUCCUCUUCAUCAGUGGCCUGUGGAGGAAAAGACCAAGGACUUCCCAGGAUUGGAGCAUCAAACACAGGGGGACCUUCAUGAUUCUGCCACCAACACAGAAGAUAAGGAUGCAAAGAAAGAUCAAGCGGAAAAGGAAGAUAAAGUGGAUAAGAAUAAAUUGGAUGCUGACGUCAAGAAAGUCGAGUCGGACCUACUACCACCGGUGGAGAAAUCAUUUCAAAAAGACUUGCCCAUUACAAAAGCGGAAGAAAAAGAUGGUCUCUCCCCUUCCAAAGGUGAGAUAGAACAGGAACCGAAGACAACUCCUCUUACCUCUGAGUCAGUCACAGGCAAAGACGAAGCUUCCAUAUCAGGAAAGGAAUCUCUGACAGUAGACAUUUCUAGUGGUAAGGCUAUACUCAAACACAGUGACGAGGAAGAUUAUGACCAUCAACAGAAAGAAUCCAAAGUGUGCAGUAAGGCUAAAUUCCCAAAGGGGAAGGAGAGUAGUUUCUUAGAUUAUGACGAUGGUGAGGAUGAUGAUAACGAUAAUGUAAAACCCAUCAAACAGGACAUGAAGGAGAAGGAUACAGAAAAAAAGGACACACAUGAGGCUAAAACUAUCAAGGAAGAGAAAGAGGAGAAAGAAAAACGAGACGUGUUUGAAGCUGAAACCAUCAAGGAAGAAAAGAAAGAAACAGAUAAAAUUGGUACAACUGAAGCUAUUACUGAAGCUGAGCCCAUCAAGGAAGAUAAAGAUGAGAAAGUGAAGGAAAAAGAUGGCAUUCAUGAAGCUGAACCCAUCAAGGAAGAGAAGAAAGAAACAGAAAAGGUUGGUACAACUGAAGCUGAACCCAUCAAGGAAGAUAAAGAUGGCAUUCAUGAAGAUAAACCCAUCAAGGAAGAGAAGAAAGAAACAGAAAAGUUUGGUACCACUGAAACUGAACUAAUCAAGGAAGAUAAAGAUGACAUUCAUGAAGAUAAACCCAUCAAGGAAGAGAAGAAAGAAACAGAAAAGUUUGGUACCACUGAAACUGAACUAAUCAAGGAAGAUAAAGAUGAGAAAGUGAAGGAAAAAGAUGGCAUUCAUGAAGCUGAACCCAUCAAGGAAGAGAAGAAAGAAACAGAAAAGUUUGGUACCACUGAAACUGAACUAAUCAAGGAAGAUAAAGAUGAGAAAGUGAAGGAAAAAGAUGGCAUUCAUGAAGCUGAACCCAUCAAGGAAGAGAAGAAAGAAACAGAAAAGGUUGGUACAACUGAAGCUGAACCAAUCAAGGAAGAUAAAGAUGGCAUUCAUGAAGAUAAACCCAUCAAGGAAGAGAAGAAAGAAACAGAAAAGUUUGGUACCACUGAAACUGAACUAAUCAAGGAAGAUAAAGAUGAGAAAGUGAAGGAAAAAGAUGGCAUUCAUGAAGCUGAACCCAUCAAGGAAGAGAAGAAAGAAACAGAAAAGGUUGGUACAACUGAAGCUGAACCCAUCAAGGAAGAUAAAGAUGGCAUUCAUGAAGAUAAACCCAUCAAGGAAGAGAAGAAAGAAACAGAAAAGGUUGGUACCACUGAAACUGAACUCAUCAAGGAAGAUAAAGAUGAGAAAGUGAAGGAAAAAGAUGACAUUCAUGAAGCUAAACGCAUCAAGGAAGAGAAGAAAGAAACAGAAAAGGUUGGUACAACUGAGGAAGAUGGUACAACCAAGGAAGUUGGUACAACCAAGGAAGAGAAGAAGGAAAAGGACAAAGAGAAAGAUGAUACUUGUGGGGCUGAGCCCCUCAAAGAGGAGGAGAAUGAGAAGGAAAAAUAUGAUACCUUUGAGUCUGAACCUACGAAAGAAGAAAAACAGAAAGAAAUAGGGAGUAUAGUCACUUCUAAAAACGAGCUAAGCUCUUGUAUCUCUACCUCUAAAGUGGAGCCAGCCUCAGACUCCACCACUACAGAAAAAAUAGAGCAAGAGAAAGAACCCAUGAAAGAUGAGAAGGAUGACACUUGUAAGACUGAUGCCAUCAAGGAAGAAAAGAUGGCGAGAGAACAUCCUCUUCAGUCUGAACCAAUGAAAGAAGAGGAAGGAGAAAAAGAGAGAGAUACGUUUGACAGUGAACCGACUAAAGGAGAGCACAGAGAGAAAGAAAAGGAUGAUACAUGUAUGGUGGAAUCCACCACGGGGGGCAAGAAAGAAAAAGACGACAAUACAUUUUUUGAGAUUGAAGUGAGCCAGGAAGAGAGGAUAGAGAAAGAUGAUACUUAUGUGGCUGAAUUCAGUAAAGAACAGAAGAUGGAAAAGGAGCAAGAAAAAGAAGAUAGUGAUUUCGAAGACAUCAACGAUGAGGAAAGAGAGGAAGAUAGAGAUGACAGUUAUGAAGCUGAACCCAUAAAAGGAGACGAAAGAGCAAAAGAAAGUCAAACAGCUGACACAGUCAACUAUGAAAUGAGCGUGAAAGAGACAGGAAAAUAUGGUUCUCAUGAGAUUGAACCUACUAGAGAGGAGAAAUGGGAGAAAGAGAAAAGGGAGGUGCAAGAGAAAGAUCUAAAAGAGGCUUUACGACACAGCGUACAGACAGCAAUGAUAGAAAAGGUAGAGGUGACUUCUGCAACAAAGCUUGAACCUACAUUUCAGCUUCAGUACUCAGACGGAGAUGAGGAGGAGGAAGAGGAAUCCAUUUGCAUGGGUGGUGCAGGCUCAAGACCUUUAUCAGUGGAACCUAGACAAUCAGAACACGAGAUCAUCUCUCAAGACCUGCUCUCUACUCAGUCAUCAGAGAAUGUGCUUAGUAACCAGACGAAGGACAGCCACUCUGAACAGACCACUGGGCUUGUGUCUACAUUACCAAAAUGGGAGACCUCUCCUGAUAAAGACCUCAAAGAGCAGCAUAAAGAUCGACAACAUAGACUCUCCCCUGAACUAGAAAAGGACAUCAAGACAACUGAGACCACAUCAGCAACCCAUCCCAGUCAAGAGUCCACCAUUGGUUUCCCUACCUUGAAACCAGUCUCUGCUAUGCCUACCACCAAAUUAGAGCCAGCCUCUGACACCACCACUACAGACAAACAGUCUAUAGUUUCAACACUAUUAAGCACUGACAGCAAGGCCAGUGUGACAGUAUCCACCCAGCAUGAAACACAGCAUGAAUCUAUGACAACAAGCAAAGAAGCAUCUAAUACGGAUGAAAAGACAAAGCAUGUUUCUCCAAAAGAAGAUGAGAAACCAGGCAAGGAAGCUGAGAUGGAAAUUGAAAAAGAGCGGGGAGUUGCUUCCCCAGAGCAUACACAACCUUGUUCAUAUUUUGUCUUGGAUAAAGAUUCUGAGAAGGCUCCUGAGAAAGUGAGCCACGUCGAUGCCACAAAAGGAGACAGUGCCUCUGAAAAAUUGAAAGGCUUUGACAAAAUAACAACGGAGACUGUCAGUGUGAGCUUGCAAGAGGACCAGGGCUUUGAUGUGUCUAAGUAUGAACCCUAUGAAAAGCCCAUUUCAAAAGAAAAGGAAUCAGACUAUAAAGAAGACCGUGAGGUAUCUAGAGAGUUUGAUCUGUCAACACAAAUUGGCAUUGAUGAUAAUAGGAACAUUAGCCAGGCAGAUGCUGGUGCAGCUGCAUUCUACUCAGAGGACGAGGAAAAAGAGGAACCGCUGUCAUUCAGCAGAGUUGAUUACACCCCUCCACCUUUCCCCAAGAGCGAGAGAAGUCUCCAUUGCAGCUCAAGUGCCUUCACUGAACACGAUGACAAAGAGAAAGGUCAAGAGGAAGUGAGUGAUAAGAAGGAGGGGCAAUCUACACCACACGUGGAAAACAGCUUUAUGUAUAUAGAGACUCAAGACAACAAGACCACCCCAGCAGCAGAGCAAUACUCAUUUGCUUUCAGUCUCAAAGAAGAUAAACCUGAAAAAGUUGAGAAGGAUGAAAUGAAGGACAAGACUGGAGCAUCUCCCAGUGUGGAGGAGUAUAUACCAGUCCAGUCAGGCAGAAAGGAAACAGCCUCUUCCUCAUGGAGUCAAGCCAACACCGAUGCCCAAGCCUCAGCUACAGCCAUGCCCUUUGAAGACGUCCCUGAGAAGCAGACCACAGAGAAAGAGAAGGAAAAAGAUGAGCCAGUGAAAGACUAUAUGGAUUCAUCUGAUAGUGAGAGAGGGGACUCUCCCUGUGGUCACUACUCACCAACGGAAAAAGACAUGUUACCUCAUCAAGCUUUGCCUAAGGAAAAGGACAAUCAGGCCACUGCUGCCUCCUUGGCCAGAUAUUCAGGACAGCUCCUAGACGAUAAUGUUCUUGCAUCUGAGUGCACUCAAAUUGGAAGCACUAUCACCAGUAAAUCUACAAUGGGCUAUUCUGAGAGAGAAGGCACUCCGGACAGUGUAGAUAAGAGGCUACUGGUGGUGGGAGAGGAUUGUGAUAAUGAGGAAGAUGAUGCAGAAGAUGAAGCCAGUGAUCUAGAUGUGGAGAAGGGAGCGAGAGAGCAGUCUGAAAAAGAAAUAUGUAAAUCUAUAUUGGAUGAUACCACUACUUCUAAACGUCCUGUGACAAAGGAAGAGGACAAGAAGACCCUCUCACCCGAACCUGAACCCAGCCUCCUCAAAAAGGAGGAGCCUUCCCAUUCAAUGGCCACAAGCAGCCCUCCACCAGCAGAUACUGCAGAUUCCCUUUUGAAGAAUGUAGUUGGGGCCUCGCCACUCCAGUCUGGCAGUUCCACUGCAAUAGAACAAACAGGAUCUGGAGGAUAUCCUUCUGAAUCCUCAGAGUAUUCUGAGGACAGCCAACUGGGGUUAAAGGAGGAGAGGUUUGACAGUCCUGACCCCUCUUUGCCCACCAAGUCCAGUGAAGAUAAACAUUACAGUCAGGGAGACAUUGAAGCUGACAAGCAGAGAACCCCAGAUACCACUAGUAGAAAACCUGAGGAAGAUCCUUUGUGUUACCUCUCAUCUGCCUCAGCUUUUCUAUUAACCAGCCACCAGUUGGGGGAGGAGUCUAGUGGCCCCUACAGGACAGAUUCUGAGGGUGCUUCCUUUGAGUAUUCUUUAUUCAAAGCUGAAGACUCCUCAGCCAUGCACUCAACCCUCUCAACCUCAGGGGUCAUGUUAAAGGAUGAGUACCUAGAGGCAUCUGAAAAGCUUACCUCAACAACCUCAGCUACAUUCAGUCUGACAAAAGUCUUUCCAGUCUUAGCUACUCCAGCCGAAGACAUUACAGAACAAGACUCAUCAUCAAGCCCUGAGAUGGACAAGGGUCAAACCUCAGAUAACUUUCAUAAACUUGAGGGCAUUGUUGAAACCAAAACCAUAACGUCUGCUGGAGCUUCAGAACCACCAUGUUCCCAGCUGUCCAAACCCGCUGAAACCAUAUCCACUUCAAGGGCUCUCUUUGAGGUUUCCCCAUUGCAAAGAGCUGAUUCCUCUGACAGAGAAUCCCAGGGCUCAGCGGUCAGCAAAGAGUCCUACACUUGCAAAAGGGAGGACAGUACUCUUCCAUGCCGCAUUGAAUGCCAGAAAUUUGCAGUGACAGAACAAGAAGAACGCAUGCUGUCCAUGGCUGAGACAUACAUGGUCACUAUUAACUCCAGUACAACCACAACAGUGUCCCAAUCUGAUGGGGUGACAAAACCACAGCAGUCAACUGAAGCCUCUUCCAACGGGGCUACUGAGGUUAGCACAAGUCCCCAAGAAGUCCUCAGUGGAGCUAGCAAAGCCUCUUGUGUCACAACAGCAGACCUGCCUAAAACAGAACAGAAAAAGGAGGAAAAAGAGACAAAGGAUGAGAAAGACAAGAUGGCAAUGAAAGAGGAAGAAAUGAAGGAGAUCAAGGUAGAGACCAUAAAGGAGGACACCAAAAUGCCAGAGCAGAAGGAUAAGGAGGAGACAAAACAGAUGGACGAGAAGAAAGAGGUGGCUGGAGAGAAGGAAAAGGUAGAGGAGGAGGAGAAAGUAGAGGAAAAUAAGUUGGAGGAGAAAGAGAAAGACGGGAAGGCAGAGGAGAAGAAAGACAAGACUGUUGAGAAGGAGAGUGAGAAAGAGAUGGAGAGGAAGGAGGGAGAGAAAGAGAAGGUAGAGGAUAAAAAAGAGAAGAUUGUCGAAAGGAGGAGGAGUAGCUUAUCUGACUGGGAACUCCUACAAGGGCCGGGCGCAUGCCCAAGUGCCCCUCCUCCAGGCUAUGAAGACGAGGAGGAAGAAGCGUAUGAAAUGGAAGAAGCAGAGGAAGAGUAUGUUCAAAAAGAAUGUGUAUCCACAGGCGAGCCCACCCCUCUGUCCACAGCAGAACAUGCCCACCAUACAAAGGCAUCUGCAAAAGCAGAUGGAGAAUCCAGUUGCCCCACUGACUUGCAUAUGGAGGCUACCUCCACCUCCCCCCCUGGCUAUUCCUCGUGUGAAUUCAAACACCGCAAAGGGGAGAUCUCCCCAUCCUUCAUUAACCCCAGUCCACACGCCCUCUCCAGCGAUGAUGGCGAAGAGGACAAAGGGAGUGACCACUCUCCGGAGGGGGAUGAAGAUGACCGGGAGCAACACUCGGUCAAGAGGAGGUCUCACAAGCAGAAGCGACAGCACAUUCAAAGUGGAGCUGCUGGAGCGGGAUCGCACCCAGUUUCCAUGCCUCCUGGUGGCAUGGCAACUGGACUUGGGAUAGUGCUAGCUGGAGAGGAGACGCCCCCCACAUCAGCAAGUGACUCGUUGGCGUCCCAGUCGGACUCUGACGUACCUCCCGAGACCGAGGAGUGCCCGUCGAUAACCGCAGAGGGGAACCUGGACUCUGACGAAGAUGCAGAACACCUGCCGGUGGAUAAACUAUCUGCCUCCGCCACAGGAGGGGGCACUCAACCCCCUUCCCCCAGAUCAGCUGCGAAGGCCCAUGACCCCCCACCUGCCCCCAUGAAGGAUCCACUCCCCCACCUGCCUCACCCUGAUGUGUGCAUGGUGGACCCAGAGGCCCUCCCUGACAACCAGAGCAGCACAGAGAAAAUGCUCAAGAAGGACCACAAGACCACCAAGAGCCUGCGGAAGGGCCUGGGCAAGCCUAAGUCUGCGUCCCCAGCCCGGAAGGGGAAGAGGUCUACCACCCCUGCGAAGGAUUCCUCGCCUCGUUCGGUCUCUCUGAGGAGGAGGGACACGGAAAGGAGCUCUAGGCUGACGUGGAUGUCCGAGGGCCAGGGAUCCAAGGUGGACCUACACGCUCCAGGGAAAGGCCUUGUGAAUGGCGUCAAGAGCAAUUUGGGUACCAACUCCCAGAAAUCUAGUUCAGCUGUCCCCCCUGGUCCUCCAAUCUAUGUGGACCUGGCCUACGUGCCCAACCACUGCAGUGCUAAGAACGUGGACCAGGAGUUCUUCAAGCGGGUACGUGCUGCGUACUACGUGGUGAGCGGCAACGACCCAGCUGGUGGAGAGCCUAGUCGUGGAGUCCUGGAUUCCCUGCUCGAGGGAAAGGCCGCGUGGGGCUCCAAUCUACAGGUGACUCUGAUCCCUACUCAUGACACGGAGGUGACGCGGGACUGGUACCAACAGACACAUGAAAAACAGCAGGACCUGAACAUUAUGGUCCUGGCCAGCAGCAGCACAGUGGUCAUGCAGGACGAGUCUUUCCCUGCCUGCAAGAUUGAGUUCUAAGUUCUGCGCCGCUUGCUAUUUUACCCUCCCCCCCUCAUCACUCCAUAUUUGGCAGGUAGAGAGAGGUCCUUUGCUACUCUCUAUCCUCCCAAAGCCUUCUCUUCUGUCAGCUCUACAUUUUGCUCUCUCAUGGUGUAAGACUCCAUUGCAUUUGCUGUAGUCUUCGGUUGGUGUACUGGCUUCCAACUGGUCAAUGUCACCUGAGAACAGCCACCACUCAGGCAGAAACAUUGAUAUAGGGUCCAUGGUAGCUGUAAAAAGGUGUGAGGUGCAUUCAUUUUUAGCACGCUUUCGGUUUAAACAACAUACGCGCACGAUAAAACCACCUCUUUAUUUGAUCUUAUUUCAUUUUGCUUUUCACAAAUAACCUCCCCAACACACACAUUUUGUGAUCAUCUGUGAAGAGGGUAAUUCUGAAUAGUUAUUUCAAAGCUUUCCAAUCAUACUGCACCCAAAUCCACAUCUAAAUGGACAACACUUUCCAACCAAAAGAGCCAUCUUAACAAUGUCAACUCCCAGUCAAUGAAGACGGUGCACAGUUGUGCAGUCUUACUGAUCGUCUUGAACUCAGAGAAAUACCCAACAAAAUGAAAUACAAUUUAAAAAUUGCACAUCCAGGAGGGCCAAAGUAAGUGCCAAAACACUUUUGAGGUGUUCAACACUCUCCGAAAUAAGUCCGAAGCCUUUAAGAGGUGAACAGUUAGUUGAUCUCAAUUGUACGCAGACUACGCACAAUGUUGUAUGAUGGUAGUAUUUUUGUAAGUAUCUUAAGUUGAGGCUUUGUUUUUCGAUAUGAGAUGUUAUUCCUGUUUGGGGAUAUUACGUAAGAUGCAGCUUUCUAUUCUAUAGCGUUUGGCUUUCUCAGUACUCUUAACUACGUCAACUGAUGUUCCAACAAAAAAAAUGACUAUACCACAUUGCUUGUUGUGAAGCUUUAGGAGGCGCCUGAAGGUGCCACUUUUAUUGAAAGAACUAGCUUUUAUGGGUUAUUUCCCUCAGUGGCUGAAGUAUGAUGCUUGCAUUUAGCUCAGACUCCUUCCUUGAAGAGGUAGAGGGUCCUUGACCAUGUGUCUAGUCCUUGCAGUCUCCAAGUAUGGAGUACAAACGUGUUCUGAUACCUAAACGUUUGGCUGAAGUGAACGUUAUACUGUAGGUCAAUGGGAUGGCAUUUCUAUAUUCGCCAUAUUUCUGCUGGGCGUAAUGGUUCUUUCUAAAUAUCUGAAGUCCUUAUCGUCGUCUUUUGUCGGUUGCAUUAGAAGAAUACUCAAUUCAAAAACAUACAGUAUAAACAUUCUAUAUUGAUAUAGGGAGAGAUUGUAUUAGAGGUAUGCUAUUUUGUGAUAACACAGCAGAGGAGGAUGUUAAAUGCAGUUUCCGUGUACAUUUUGACGUUUUCUCCCGCUUAUUUAUAUUGUACUUGUCUGUAUGAAACGAUUUGAUGAAGCGAUGGAAACUGCAGUGGCCUUCCGUGGAGAAUGUAGCAAUAGAGUCUAUUCUGUCCUUGUGAGACCGGGUUGUGUGGGUGUUAUUUUGCAAAAAUGACUGCGGUGGUAGGCGGUCGCUCUCAUGUGCCUUCUGGUUGCGGUAUAUUGGGCAAGAGAGAAGGAUUAGAGAGGAGUAUGAUGAGGGCUUCCUCUUUCCUACUAUCCAUUGUGGAGCGGUGAACUUGGAUCCAGGGAUAGGUCAAGAAACCGUGGAGAAAAUGCCACACGGACAAAUCGAUAGUCGUUGUCCAGGGAUAUCUAGUUAGCCUAAUAUCCAUAUGGAUGGAUGCUGUAUACGCACAAGGUUGGUAGGUGAAAAGCUAAUUAGCCAGCUUAGCCAGCACAUUUAGAUUCAGUUACUGAUAUGCUGGUCAGCAUUUGUCCCCUAUCUUAAAGUGUCACCCAGCAAAUGUAUCAAACAAUAACAUGAUCAAAGAGCAAGGUAUUGCACCAAGCAAGAAUGCACUUUUCCAGAGGGGAGUUUAGGAGUCGGGCUGUGGUUCUAGUGAGAGAAGCACCGAAAAUAUACAAUUAUCAUUCUUUACCAUAAUGUGAACUAUGGUAGCGUUUGAUUUUAGGACAAGUACCUAGCGAAAGUACUCCAUACUGUAUGUAAAUAAAUAAAUAAGACUUGUUCUUCAGAAUGAUUUCUUAAUUGAAGAGGUAAAAAAAACUUUAAAAAAAUAACACAGGUAGCUAUUUAUCUAGUUAAAAAACAAAAAACGGACUUUUCAACCCUAAGAAAUUAUUUAUCAGACGAGCAUGAAUGUGAUGUUGUUGAUUGUAGUGGGUAGAGAUGUGGCAAUGUGUACCACAGUCAAGUAGCAUUAAGUUGUGUGUUGAAGUAUGUGCAUGAGUGGUACACACGGAGACAGGGUUGGGUUUUGAAGAUGCAUCAUAGUGUUGUUUUUUUUUAAUGCCGAGUUAUAGCCAGUGCGGUGUGUAUUUUUGUUGGUUAAUCAGGAGGUGGAGCUUCUUAAAAUUGCCGCACUGUUCAUUGGAGCUCAUUACAAAUCUGAUUCACAUUAAAUUCCAUAGAGCUUAGUCACAUUGGAGCUCAUUACAAAUCUGAUUCACAUUAAAUUCCAUAGAGCUUAGUCACAUUGGAGCUCAUUACAAAUCUGAUUCACAUUAAAUUCCAUAGAGCUUAGUCAUUUUUUGAUUAAUGUUAUAUUGUUUUCUUACGUUUUGGUAGUUUUAUUUAUCCAAUUAAUUUACAGUUAUGUAUACAUGAUCAGUAUUAGAUUUCUUUAUUUUUAAAAUUGUUUUUCAAUAUCAGUUACAGUACAUGUAGGACUAACACAAUUAUGAAUGUCUCUUUUGUUUACAUUUCUUAGAUUGUAUUUUCAAAAAGAUUACUGAACAUUUAUUUUAUAAUAGGCGUCUGAUUGUCAUCGAUUUUUUUUUGUUUUGCUUAGUGAUUCUUAAAAUGUAAUGUGUUUCUUAUUAGAACUGCUGCGUUGUGUGUUUGGGGCUCCUGAGUUGAGGUCAGAGAGAGUGGACUGAGUGGGGCAGACUGGUAUUGCUGGAGAUACUGUCUCUGACUCAUAGUCUGCUGCAGAAUCCAAGAAUGCAGACAGACAAGACAUCGACCUGCAAGGGGAACACUCUCUCCCUCUAUCGGACUCAGAACCUAAACAGUCUCCUCUUAGAGGCUGAAACCAUUAACCCACAGUCUGCAGCGAUCUUGCGCUAGCCUGGGAAGGAUGCCAUCCUUGUCCUUUUGUUGAACUUACUCAAAUGUGCUUGAAAAUACUGUAUUGUAAGCUCAUAUAACAGUAUGCAGGAGAGCCUCCCCCCAGGUCUGUUCUUAGACCGGCAGCAGAGCUAGCCAGACUCGCUCCGAGUGAAUGUUUCCUUUCAGUAUCAUUAAAAUACUCCAUGUGUAAGCUACAGAUUUAUUAUGCACUGCGAUAGCGUUGAUAUGCAUGUCAUGUUGAAUACUGUUUAGAGUCACCUAGGUUAGAGAGAGGGAGGGCAUGUAUGAAUCAAAUGUAUCAAUACAUUGAUCAAGCAAUCAGCCCAGCCGGUCAGAAGAAGCUAGCAAUGCUAACUUUAGCUAGCAAAAAAUGUCAGUGCUCUCCCCUCAAUCCUAACUUAGCUAUAGUUAUACUGCAUCCGAAGUCAAUCUGGCGACAUCACAAUGACGACAAAAAGCUUGUCCUACUCCUUUUGAAAUGUCAUCGUGUUUUCAAGCCACAGUAAUGCACUUAAGACUAAAUCUUCAUCAGUAUCCGUUGAGACUCUGCAUUGAGCAGCAUUCUCAGCUGGGUAUCGGUCCUAAAAACAUACGUUUAAAACAAUAUGGGAACGAAACUUUACAUUUUAUUGGACCUUUAUUUAACCAGGCAAGUCAGUUAAGAACACAUUCUUAUUUUCACUGACGGUCUAGGGACAGUGGGUUAA